AUGCUUGUGAUCCAUGCUGGUCUUUCCAGGUCUUGUCUGGGUUUUGCGUUGGCCUCUUCGCGAGUUGUCGGCAAGGGCUCCUUGAAGGUUGGGAACAACGCUCCGAAUCAGUGGCGGUUGGACAAGAGCGAUGCCGAGGUGCGAAAGGAGGCUCAGAAGCGCGCAAGAGAGAGCCUCACAGAGCGACCUCGCGUCUUCCUGGACGUCGAGGUUGCUGGCCAUCCAGCUGUGCGCAUAGUUUGCGAGUUGUUCUCGGACAUUGUUCCGAAGACUGCCGAGAAUUUUCGGUGCUUGUGCACUGGAGAGAAAGGCAUGGGGGAGGCGGGGAAACCGCUACACUUGAAGGGCAAUGCUUUUCAUCGCGUGGUGCCAGGCUUUGCCAUCCAAGGUGGGGAUAUCACCAGAGGCGAUGGCACAGGAGGGGAAUCAGUUUUUGGUCCGACCUUUGAGGAUGAAAGCUUUGACCUAUCUCACGACUCCGCAGGGCUGCUGAGCAUGGCAAACAGGGGGCCAAACACAAACAGCUCCCAGUUCUUCAUUUUGACAAAGGCAUAUCCAAAGCUGGAUUUGAAGCACGUGGUGUUUGGGCGCGUGGUGGAAGGCAUGAGCACAGUGCGACGCAUUGAAGAAACUUGCGGCACAGCAGAUGCUGGAUCUGAGCUUUGCCGAGCACAGAAGCAUCAUGGUGUGUUGGCGUUUCGGCCAGGUCUUGGUGAUGCAAAGGCCGUCAUCACAGACUGCGGAGAGGUCCAGGGCGAUGUCGCAAAGGAGCCCCAGGCCAAGAAGGUCAAGGCUUCAGCUGACAAGGUCCACCUCUUCCAUAUUCUCAAGAAAUACAAGGGCGCCCGCAAGCCGGAGAAUUGGCAUGGAGGGGAGAUCAGCUGCACCAAGGGAAAGGCGAAGGUUGCGCUGGAGAAUCUCCGAAAGCGGCUCACUGCAGCUCCAGCAAUGCAGCUCCUGUUUUUUGAGCUUGCGCGGGAUCAUUCAGAUGACCCGUCAUCCAAAAAUGGUGGUGACCUGGGACUGGUCGAGCGAGGCAGCCUGCACCAGAAGGUGGAGGAUAUCGGAUUCUCCCUUCAGAAGAACGAGCUGUCACAGGUGUUUGAGGAUGAGUUUGGUGUGCACCUCGUGCUCCGCGCGGAAUGA